GUAAGUUGAAUGAUAAAGGCUGGUGAAUACAAUAAAAUGGCUUACCAUCGAAUGGUCCCAAAUAUAUUUUUCAAAAAUCACACAUUUUUUCCUCGCUUGGUUUCUGCUUUAACGAAAAAUAGGAUAAAUACUCGAGCUCUUUCAAACGAGAAAGGGUUUUGGAGUUCAAUUGUUGCUGGCGGAGCUGAAUCCAGAAGCGAAGCUCACUCAAAGAUUUUAGCAAAUAAUAUCCUCUACGAAUUUCAGUUUCAUCAUUUAAAGCCAGAAAGAGUUGGUGAUUAUUCAAAUUUAGUGGCCUCAGAAUUACCUCGUAUAAGUGAGGAUCCAGAUUUUCCAGGCACACUUCUUGGUAGUUGGACAACAUUAUAUGGGCCCUUAGAUAGUGCAGUUCAUUUAUGGGUGUAUAAAGCUGGUUUUGAAGAUGUGACAAAAGCAAAACAUUAUCUCCAUACAAAUGAGAAAUUUGUGAAGUUUGCAGAGGAGAGAGCACCAAUGCUUCACAAACGCUACAAUCAACUUAUAUGUGGCUUUGAUUUUUGGGGUGAACCACAACUACGUGAUACAAAAAAUCUUUAUGAAUUAAGAACAUAUCAUUUAAAGCCAGGUUGUCUCAUUGAGUGGAAAAAUAACUGGAUGAAUGCAAUAGUUCAUCGUCAACAAAUGAACGAAGAUGUUGGAGGAUUUUUUACUCAGAUUGGAGAAUUAUAUGUAGUGCAUCAUCUGUGGGCAUACAGCAAUCUCACUGUUAGGAAACAAACCAGAGAAGCAGCCUGGAAUAGUCCUAACUGGGCUGACUGUGUGGCAAACACUGUUCCUUUGGUCAGAAAAAUGGAAUCUAGAAUCAUGCUUCCUACCAGCUUUUCACCUCUAACAUGAACGUCUAUUUAAGAAAAAACCUGCAAGUUCGAUUCCACAAAUGUUGGUCAGUCGUAACCUAUAAGGUAUCCAAUCUGGCCCGCAUGUCAGAGAUUUUGCUGCAGUAAUUUUGGUGUUUGAUGAAACCAUAUGGUGAUAUAAAGAAAUUUUGCAUAAUUAGCAAUGAUCUGGGUUGGGUUUCCAUUCUGCUCUCUCUUUACAUAAUUCCAAAUCAACAGACAUUUCAGUACCACUGCUAAAACUGAAACUUGUAUAUAUUUAAACUGAGCUAGAAUAAAAAUAUUACUUUAACAUGG